AUGGUGAACGUGUGUAUGGUGAACGUGUGUAUGGUGAACGUGUUUAUGGUGAACGUGUGUAUGGUGAACGUGUGUAUGGUGAACGUGUUUAUGGUGAACGUGUGUAUGGUGAACGUGUGUAUGGUGAACGUGUGUCUGGUGAACGUGUGUAUGGUGAACGUGUGUAUGGUGAACGUGUUUAUGGUGAACGUGUGUAUGGUGAACGUGUGUCUGGUGAACGUGUGUAUGGUGAAUGUGUGUCUGGUGAACGUGUGUAUGGUGAACGUGUGUCUGUUGAACAUUUGUAUGGUGAACGUGUGUAUGGUGAACGUGUUUAUGGUGAACGUGUGUAUGGUGAACGUGUGUCUGGUGAAUGUGUGUAUGGUGAAUGUGUGUCUGGUGAACGUGUGUAUGGUGAACGUGUGUCUGUUGAACAUUUGUAUGGUGAACGUGUGUAUGGUGAACGUGUGUCUGGUGAACGUGUGUAUGGUGAACGUGUGUCUGGUGAACGUGUGUCUGGUAAACGUGUGA